CCACACACGCACCAUCACUUCAUCCCAAGCUGAUCAUCAAUCAGGUCGAUACAACAUUUGGGCAUCGAGACGCACCAAGUUCCAAGGUCCAAGAUCCAGUUCGAACCACUCCCUCUACUGAUCGUCAUCCUCUUGCCGCCACUCGACAUCUGACCCUUCUGCCUAUUCCAGACACCUUCUAACCCCCUCGCAAUCACCUCACCAACUGCCGGACACUCCCGUCAACAAGACUCGUCAUUCGCGCCUGCCAUCUUGACUCAUCAUCGCUCCUAGUCGUCUUCCUCUCAAACACUUCACGCGCUCGACAGCCUACAUCUACCAUCGCUUUCCUGUACCUACCCUCGUUGUCAACUUCCAUCCAUCCAUACAACCUACCCACCGAUUCGAUUCAACCCACUACGCGAGACCAAGUCCGCUGUCUGUUCUAACUACCGCCGGAUCAAUCAGUAGACCAACUCUAUAAAGCAUCCCCAUCGUUCCGCUUCCAUUUACAAUCAAGUACAAUCAAAGUCCGGCUGCCUAGCCACGGAGUCCUUUCACUAGUCACUUAGUGACCUCCCUAGGCCUCCGUUGCGAUUGACUUUGGCUCUGUCUGCGCACCGACUAUGACACUGUGAGCACAUGCUGUUUUUGGUGCAGAAUAUGCCACACUACGACUACUACAAAACUGUGUUUUAGUCAGAAAAACAUACUCAUGGCCUUCAUCGGAACCUGAACAACUCCCCUGGUCAUAUUCAAGCCCAGAUCGAAAUUGGUCUCAGCCAUGAUGACAACAUAUUCUCCUCAUCGCGAGGACACCGAUCCCGCACGCAGUCACUCUCCCCAAGGCAUCUCCUCGUUUGACCCUCACUCGGCCAUUCGGGAAAUCCGCAGAUCACUGUCACGCUCCCCCUCUAAAUCCUCGGACGUCCGACAAUACCCAUAUCGCUCACCCGCCACUUCAAACCUUCCCUUCUCUCCAUCUCCACUCUCACCAUCACGAAAGGCAACCACAGAGGCCUUCUCUCAGAUGGCAAAUAUCAUAUCUCCUCAUCCGACACGUGUCUCUCAGGCUGCUCGUUUCCAAAGACCUGUCAUGCGAAGGGCAAAUCAGCCACACGUCGUCACUCGAACUAGAACUUCACCCAAGAGUCCCUCAAAGCGAGCGCUUACCGACUCUAGUGACGGCGGUAACGCUUCCCCCAUGCGAAAACGUAACUCCACAGAGGCAGAACGCGAGCUGGCUCUGAAAUGUCUCAGUGGUGAUACAAAAGAAAACGACACAACCCGGACCGAAGAGACACUGACCUGGAAGUCGGUGCAUUCGCGACAAGAAAAGCGGCGCAGUGGAGGCGCACUGAUCAGUGCUGUCGCUCCUCUGAGCCCGAUGAAGCGUUCAGAAGCCACUCGAGCAGAUGACGAUACCCCUACUUUCGAAAGCCCCUCGGCCAAGAGACGCAGUCUGCAUGGCCCUGGACUUGAUUUCAGCAUUUUCGAGUCCGACAAUUUGCAGGACAACAUGUUCACCGACAAGCGAGCUCAGGACGAUAAUGAUUUCUUCUCCGCUACCAACACCUCCCUGAACUUCUCAUCCCGCUUCUCUACGAUUCCAAAGCGCUCGUCAUCAUUGCGAAAAUCUACGUUGCAGCAACGGCAGAUAGAGCGACCAAGUAACCCCAAGUUCACUCAAGUGAUGGACCUGGACAAGGCCUGGUUGGAUGUCUCACCGUCCACAAACAACAAAAAGACUCUCCGCAUGUCUCUGGACAAUCACCUCGAACCUCCUCCCCGCGAUAGUCCAUUUUCAAGCCAGGGUAGUCUCAUGAACGCUUCUGUUCAUCCGUUGUCUUCCGGCCAGCCGACCUUUUCUCAACCACCGAGACACCCUUUGGCGCACGCUAUGACGCACUCGUCAUCCCAGAUGAGCGACCAAGACCAAUCACCGACACACGAACCCAUUCAUCGGUCAGUCAGACCAAGGUCCCAUGACUUCUCUAAAUCUCUCCCCGUGGGGACAAUGAGGCCUGUGCCAUCGCCUGAGACCGAGUACUCGUCGCAGGGCUCGUUUGCAACGCCAGGAAAUUACAAAGCUGCAAAGCCAUUGCCUGCCGCCUUCAUGUCGACCGGGUUGAUCUCCAAGAAAAAUCGAAACAUCGAGGAUCCCAACGCUGGGUUGCCGAAAGCCCACAUGCCAGAUACCCCUUGUAAGAAGCAGUCUGUCAUUUUUCAACCAGACGAGAAGUUCACGGUUCCAACUGUCGCCAAUGAUCGAGCGCCACGCCCAUCAUACGGAACGUCACCCGCGCCAGCCACGCCUUCGGAACCUUACUUCAAUUAUCCAAAGAUCUCAGCCUUUCCAUUUGCAAAGAAUUCUGGUAUUUUCGGCUCUCGACCUAGCAGGCACAAUCUCUUGCGCAAGGGGAGCUUUGCGUCCAUCGAGAAUGAGGACAAGGUGAAUUCUCGAAGUCCCAUCAACAGAGCCGACAGUCAGUCCACAGACUCCGACUACCCUCCAACACCAACAAAACACUUUCCUGACAAUCAGGAUCGCGAUUCUGUAUCGCCCUCACCCCAUCAUAUCGACUCUCUCGCACCACCGCGCAAUCCGCCGGCUUCGAGUUUCGGUGUUCGUCUGAGUAAUAGUAAGUUGUCUCCUAUUGUGGUAUCUCCAGGUGGCGUCGAGCGGAACAGUGAUAGCGCGAUGGAGGAAUCUCCAUCGGCAAACCUGAGACCAAAGUCAACCGCAAAGAUUAGUAUUCAACCGGACACCUCGUAUACCCCAGGUGGAAUACUGAGGACUCUGGCCUUCCCGAAACCUUUUCUUCAAAGAAAUCUUUCCAUUCAAUCUCUCCACUCGCCUGCUUUGGAUCGCGCUAAGAUGAAUUCGCCUUCUCCAGUCAGUCCUCGACCCUCCCCACGUACGCCUCUCGAAGGAUUCUUCCCACCCGACCCUAGCGGCCUCACCAUCUCCGGACGUGCCGAUGGGCAUCGGAGUCUUGCCACCCAAAACAGAGCGCCCUUGAUUCCAGCCACGCCAACCGGCCCGCGAGAGUACUUUUCGAACUUCUCCAACCGUCCGAGUCUGAAUCUGGCUUCGAGUGAAGCUACUAGCCUGGACGUUAGCCUCACUUCGAGAUUCGAAAAAGUGGAUUUGAUCGGCUCCGGGGAGUUUUCACAGGUCUACCGUGUAUCCCAGCCACCUGAGUCAUCCCCUUUUCACAAGAUCUACUCGAUAUCGACCAGCCGUCCGUCAUCCAGAGGUUCUCUCACCGAGAAGGUUUGGGCUGUCAAGAGAUCCCGGUUCCCAUACUCUGGAGUUCGAGAUCGGCAGCAGAAGAUCCACGAGGUCGAUGUUCUGAAGGCCUUGGGUCAUUCAGAUCACGUGGUGACCUAUGUAGACAGCUGGGAGGAGCAAUCGCACCUCUAUAUUCAGACCGAGUUCUGCGAAGAAGGCACUCUCGAUGUGUUUCUCGCCCAGGUUGGCUUAAAGGCAAGGUUGGAUGAUUUCCGCAUCUGGAAGAUCCUGCUCGAACUAUCUCUGGGACUCAGACAUAUUCAUGAAAGCGGCUUCAUCCAUCUCGAUCUCAAGCCUGCAAACGUUCUCAUCACCUUUGAGGGAGUUCUCAAGAUCGCCGAUUUUGGCAUGGCAAGCAGGUGGCCAGCCAAAGCAGGUAUCGAAGCCGAAGGAGACAGGGAGUAUAUUGGUCCCGAGAUCCUGAUGGGCCGUUAUGACAAGCCCGCAGACAUUUUCGCUCUGGGUCUGAUUAUGCUCGAAACUGCUGGUAAUGUCGAACUGCCUGACAACGGUGUGUCUUGGCAAAAGCUGAGGAAUGGUGACAUGAGCGAUGUGCCCAGCUUGACCUGGAGUUCUGACGCCAGCGACAUCUUACGUGACGCGUCAGGCAAUCCCGUCUCGCCCGAUUCUUCGUACCAAAUCCAACAGGUGUCGUCUUCAUGUGAGACGACCAAGACACAUGCAUACAGCAACGAGUACAUGACAGGUGAAGAGUUUGGGAAAGACAUACACAAUCCGAGAAGUGGAGAACUACUACAUCCUCCGGCUUUCAUGGUAGACCCAUCUCACAAUCAAGCGCUAGACCGAGUGGUUCGAUGGAUGAUCUCGCCUGACCCUGAGGACCGGCCUCUGGCAAGCAUGCUGUUGGAAACGGAAGGAGUUCGCUGGGCAGAAUCGCGACGCCGUGCAGGAGCGACAAUUUUUGAAGGGAAUUGGGGCCCUGCGGACGAAGUCCUCGCCGAAGAUGCGGAGAUGAUUGAUGUUUGAAUUGUGUGGAGCAAUUGCGUGGGAGAGGGUCUGUGUCUGCCUCAAGAGCAAGCGAAUUCUCUUGCAUAAGGGCUAUUGGACACUGGUGCUUCGGGUACAGGGGUGAAGUCAACCACCAGAUAUUAGAACCACAGGAAUUCCAGGCAUGAGUGUGGACGGCACCAUGAUGCCAACAUGUAAUCACCAGACAUGAUCAUUGAGAGCAAAGGUUGAUAUGAGCCAAUGCGUAUCAGGGAAUGGGCAAGGGAAAGGGGUCUGUUGAUUAGGUUUCAGGCUCGCAGCCGAGCAAGAUAUCUAUGACAACGAGAGGCGAAGAUGACAACAUAUCCAAACAUACCUGGUUCUCGCCGUUACUGUGCUUCAUAUACCAUUAAGAC